UUGAUUCAAUCAGUUCUGAACAAUCUGUAAGGGACACCUCAUUGACACGAAUAGAAGCCAGUUACUUUGUAAAAUUCAGUCAUGAAUCAACCGAAGGAGUAUGCCGAAUCAAAUGAUCUAACAUACCGUGAUGUAGAUGAUCUGAUUAAAGAAUUUCCUGAGGAGUUCAAGAAAAUGAAGGGCCGAAUUAUUGAUGUUGGCUGUGGUCCUGGGAAUAUUACGAAGGGUUUACUCCUUCCAAAUGUGGAGAAGGAUGCAGUUAUUGUUGUGCAAGAAAGUGAAAUUCAUUUCUACUUAGGGGCUGAUCUGUGUGCCGCCAUGGUUGAAUAUGCAAAACAGCAUCACGAGGUGAAGCAUAGACUAUCCUACAUUCAAUUGGACAUACAAACACCUGAACUGCCCGAGAACUUGAUUGGACAAUUUGACAAUGCAGUGUCAUUCUAUUGCCUCAACUGGUGUAGAAAUACACAGCUCACGAUGCAAAACUUCUACAAACUCCUCCGGCCAGGGGGUAAAGCCAUCAUUCUGAUGAUCUCGCAUCACAUGAUAUUUGAUGUCUACGCGGAGCAGGCGAAAGACGCGCAAUUUUCGACGUACAUGCAGGAUUCAAACGAGAUCUUCCCGCCUCAUCAUGGCCAUCCGAAUGCCGAAGAGAUGCUGAGAAAAGAUUUGAAUGAGGUCGGAUUCAAGAUACAGUACUGCUCUAAUAGAUGGAAAAGCUUUACAUUUCGAAGUUGGAAUGCGCUGAUUGACUUCAUGAUGUCCGUUAACCCAUUUGUGAAACGAAUGCCAGAUGAUCUCCAAGAAGAUUACAGAGAAGACGUGGAGAAACGACUCAAAAUAGGUCUCCCCAAGAAAAGAAGCGGGAAUUCUGAUGAGAACAGUGCCGAUUUUUCCAUCUCGUUACUAACCGCUGUAUUCGAAAAACCUCUGAAUUGAUGUGAAAUGCAUUGUACUCCGGGUGGAAGGGCCUUAUAAUUGUAGUAGGCUCUAGGCUUAAAGGACAAAUCCCAGCAAUAGUUUAUCGGCCUUCAAAUAUGAGAAUUUAUUAUGUGACUGCCAUCCCACUGAUUACAAGGAGUUUACGACUUUUGAAUGCGUUGGAGUCCAAUUCAGAUACACUGAUAGGCCAAUUCACUUAUUCCAAUCGAGAUUCGUUAACUAUUAACGAAUGGUAGCGUUGAAUAAGCCCAAAUGUAUAUUCGUUAAUAGUUGACGAGUGGUUCAUUUGAAAAGUGGGAAUCGAGUCAAACAAGGCUCCUCAAAUGUGCAUUUGUGACCUAUUAACGAGUGAACAUUAGGUGAGGCCUAAUAGACCCUAAUCUCCAACGAAAUCCAUUCGUUAACAAUAACUAAUCCUUUCUAUCAGUGUAUGAUCUGUGGAUGCUCAAAUGGCCUCUUAAAUAAUAUAUUAAUUGUUGAUACUUCGUUAUUGGUCAGCAUAAUCCAGUUCUGUUGGCAAGUGUCACGCCGACAAUGCUGUAUGUCCGCAUACUCAACAAUAACGCAAUUGAUCAAAUCUGGGGCAUAAUUAAUUGAUUUUGGGAAGGGUAUUUAACUGAUGUACUCAGAGGGAACUCAUAAUAAGAAUUGUCCCGAAGAAACAACUAGAAAUUACAAAAUAAAAUGUAAUAAUCUACUGUCGAAGAGUGACAAAUGAAACUUGACUUGCUUGCGCUUUAAUUAACGUCUCAGAGCUGUUUAAAUAAUUUUUUUGGGUUUCUCUAGUGCUCAUAAAAUUCUUUAACUAUUAAUUCAUUUCGUUAACUAUUGUGUUAAUAGUUUUACUCACUCCAACGAUUGUUAAUUAAUACUAAAAAGUGUUGAUUAAACAAACACGUGACAGUUAUA